CGUUGCGUGGGGACGUCUCACCCGUCAGUCAUACAGAUCAGGUUAUCCAUGGCAAAACCAGACCUCAUUCCAGUGCUAGUGCGGUCAUCCUCCAAGUCCAUAUAAAGAGCGAGUAUACCCCUAGAGCACCAUGCAAGGUGUCUUUAACCGCCUCAGCUCUGUAGCAAGAUCAUUAUCAUUCAACACUUUCACUCGUAAUGUGUCCACUGCGCCCGCGCCUAAGCCCACGCCUUUUGUUCUGUAUACCGCUGGAACUCCAAACGGACGCAAAGUUAGUGUUUUUCUGGAGGAGCUUAGAGCAGUUUAUGGGGAGAAGGUUGAUUAUGACGUCGAGAAAAUAGACAUCGCACGAAACGCCCAAAAAGAGCUCUGGUUCAUCAAGUUAAACCCAAACGGCCGAAUCCCAGUGCUCGUCGACCGCGCGCGGGAAGACCUUGUCGUGUUCGAGACAGCUGCUAGUUUGCUUUAUCUCGAACAGCAUUAUGAUCCGGAGAGGAAGCUUGGGUUUGACCCUGUGUCGCAGCCUAAUGAUUAUAGCGAGAUGCUUCAGUGGAUGUUCGUUUGGUGGGAUUUAGUAUCGAUGACACGGUUGUUGUGGCAUGGAGGCGUUGGUCCUAUGCAAGGGCAAGCGAAUCAUUUUAAUAGAUUUGCACCUGUGGAUAUUCCCUAUGCGAAGAAUCGUUAUAUCCUGGAAACGAAGCACCUCUAUGGCGUGACGGAGAUCUGCCUCACAGACCGUGAUUACCUCGCUGGGCCCGGCCGAGGUGUGUAUAGCGUUGCAGACAUCGACGGUUCUGGCUCUGGUUCUCUUGUGUUCAGGAUUAACGUUCAUCAAUUUGCGGGUAUUGAAUCUCUCGACGAGUGGCUAAGUCUCCAGGUAAGCUUCCAAAAGCAUUUUGUUUCGUAUGUGGUUCGGUCUGCGCGUAAAGCUGUUCAAGAUGGCCUUGCUAUUCCUUAGUGGACUUAGCACUAGGUCGCUAACAUGGGUAUUCAGUAAACGAUCUCUUGUCACGUUUCUAUUUUUACACUCAGUUGUUGCAUGAUCAUAGUACUCAUUGGUUUUGACGUGUCAGCAGGUGAAGUCGAGCGUCCGGAUUUAGUUUUCUGCUCGUCUUGUUUGAAACGCCCGGUACUGCCGAGACGGUAUGGCAACGAGAGCAGGGGAAAGGGGCACAAGAGGCCGUGCUGUGCAAAGCUUGAAUGCUUGGACAAGUUCAAUUGGCGGUAGCUUGAUAUCACCACACCUGCAUGUCUUACUAUACAGGUCAUCGGAUCGUCUUUCUUGGAUCCCCAAGCACGGGAUACGGCAGAAACAGU